UUCUGAUUGGUGGGUUGUGGGUACUUUGUACUAGUGGUAAUGUGAUGGGUCGCUGCGCGCGAGGAAAAGUUGACUUAUUCUAUAGGAGAUAGUUGAUGUGUCUUAUGAAGUUUGUAUUGGGAAAGUUGAUAGAUGAUAGACUGGAGAGAUUGUCAUUUGGAUUGGAGGGAUUGUUUGUUAUACUGUGUAUUGGGGAGUUGUGCUUUUGCAGAGUGACAAUUGUGGCUGGCGAUGCGGAGAGUGAAUUGGCUUAUCUCCAGACGGCUUGCAGUCAUAACCACUAUAUUUAUGGUAUGCUAUCAAGUGCUUUGUAUAUAUCAGUGGAAAUAUAUUUCCCAUCGAUGCUAGACAAGUGUAAUCAGAAUAGUAGGAGUCUACUAAGAUUCCUCAUCCACUUGACGGCCCGCAGUGCUGUGCUCGGACUAAACUUCGGAUUCACCCCGCCUUGUUAACGCAACAAGGGAAUCUCUCUCCGGCUGUCCCAUUCAAAAUACAACCAUGGAUCUGCAAGAGAAUCGAGAACGCAUGCGCCGGGGCGAGCUGUAUCAUGCGUUCGUCUCCGAUCUCACAGCGGAUCGAGCGCGUUGCGCCAGUGCCUGUCGCCGUUUCAACAAUGCGGGCGACGUGUCCCGUCGACGGUCCCUGGAGUUGUGGAAGGAGUAA